AUGUUGAAAAAUCUAAAAGCUAUUGAAGAUGAGCGAAUACUGGCAAAAUGUUAUGUUGAAUUGGGAGAUGUUACCAAGGAGAAAGGCGAAUAUGAUGAAAGUCUUCGAUAUCAUCGCAAGUCAAUGGAAAUAUUCGAACGAAUUGCUGAUGCACUUAGUGUAGCCGAUAGCCAUUUGAAUAUAGCUGCAGUCUACAAAGCCAAAGGUGAAUUAAAAGAAGCAAUGAGUGAAUACGAAAAAGGAUUGGCACUUUAUGAGGAUGUUGUUGUAGACGAUGCAUUUAAAAACAGUGAUAGUGCCGCUCAUGAUGCAUUAACAGCAAGAAUUAUAGAACGUGCAGGUUUUCAAGCUUAUCAAAUUGGUGGUUUUGCUUUAAAUGGUGCACGACAUAAUAUACUUUUCUUAUGUUUAGAUGCUUAUCCUCAUCUUGCUUUAACACAUUUUGGUGAAGAACGUACAGGUUUUUAUGAUAUUAUCGUAGCUUCAUCAUUACCUGUAAUGAUUGAUGCUGAUCAUUGUUAUGGUGAUGUAAAAAAUGUAACACGAACAAUUAGAGGAUAUGAAGCACUUGGUGCAUCAGCUUUGUUUUUUGAAGAUCAACAAGCACCUAAACGAUGUGAUCAUCUUCAUGAACUUGUAUCAGUGAAUGCUAUGGUAUCGAUAAUUCGUGCAGCUUUAGCAGCACGUUCCGAACCAGAAUUUUUCAUUAUUGCUCGAACAAAUGCUAUUGAAGCCUCGCGAAAUGUAGAACAAAUCGAACGUAUUGGACGAUAUUUUAAAGGUGCAUCACUUUGUGUGAAUAUAUUCAAAGGUGGUGAUCGCACACCAUGGGUUUCGCCAGAUGAAUUACAUAAAAUGAAAUUUUCUAUGAUUCUUUAUCCAACAACAAUUUUAUUUCGUGUUAUGCAUACUAUUGAACAAGCUGUAGAGAUUUAA